CUUUGGACGCAAGCGAGACUCCACUAUCAAGGGGCGCAAGCUAGACUCCACUAUUAAAGGAAACAAGCGAGACGCCACUAUUAAAGGACACACGUGAGACUCCACUAUUAAAGAACGCAAGAGAGACUCCAUUAUCAAGGGACGCAAGCGAGACUCCACUAUCAAAUCUUGGUGUGAAACUCCCCAGCAACAUUCGUGGCAUUCCAAACUUUGAGAUAUGAAGGUCGACAGGAGCUGUCGUUGUCUAUAUGUUGAAUCCUGUCUCACAAAGCACGCAUUACCAGCGCUGUUCACAGCUUUGUUCUUGAUUCUUAUCCAUCAAGCCUGCUUACCGAUUGGUAUCUGAAGAAACUUCAGCUGGUCUAAUAGUUGAAGGCAGAUUUCACCGAUAUAUAAAAUUUAUUUUUCUUAUUUUCAAGAUGGAAGUUUUUGAUGUCUCAGCUAAUUGUGAUAAAAAACAUGACGAUGGUCCAGUUGUGUUAAACGUGGUGAAUGCUGAAACGUCAUUUCAGGAGAUACAAGUGAGUUAACUUACAUUGAAUAUUUAAACUAGUUACAGCGUGGCGUCAUCGGUAGGGAGGAUUCAGAUACGAGGGAGACGUUCUGUGACGUGUCAUUAUUUAAAUGAGUUAGAGCAGUGGUUCUUAACCUUUUUGGAGGUACCGAACCCCACCGGUUUCAUAUACGCAUUUACCGAACCCUUCUUAAUAGGACCUCCGCCGGACCCCUGAGACUGACUCAACGAACCCCUGGGGUUCGAUCGAACCCAGGUUAAGAACCACUGCGAUAGAGUGUUAACGACUUUAAACCGUUUUAAAAACUAUUAGUUGCAGCGAAUGAUUUCUUUUUUUUAUGUUUUGAUGUUACUGUACUUUUUUUUUUAAAUAUCCGGCAGCUGUCGCCACACUGGUAAGAAAAUAGCAAAUUUACUUAGAUCCAACGUAACAAUUCUUGGAUUCAAAAUGUUAUUUAUAAACGAGACUUAUUGCGGCAUUUUACAGAUGAUUAAAAAGAUCAGCCGAUGCUAGAAUUCUGUGUUAUAAACCACGAGCUUCUAAAUAGCAUCGAAGAGUCUAUAAUUCUUAAACUAGCCCCUUUUCAGUUUAAACAACAGUCAAUGUCCGAGGGGAAAAUGAAAAUGCCCUUACUGGUCGUAUAUAGAUGUCUCGCAUUAUACCUAAAUUAAUUAUAAUUUUUUUUUCUCAUACGACCUAUUUAGAGGUUGCCAUUUACCGUUGUCAAUGGCCUCUCUCCAUUAGUCUGUCAAUCUCGCUCAGGUCAUUCCCCAUCUCAUCAUUAUCUAGUUAGGUCCCGUCUCCAUGUGUUCCCACGAGUGCUUGUUCAUCCCUUAUGGGUUCAUAUCAGUCCUUGCCGGGCGGUGUCUGAGGGCUCUUUAAUUAGAGUGUGUUCAAUCCAACUGGGCUUCCUUCUAAUAAUCUAUAUGAUUAUGUAGGCCUUAUUCUUCUGCCAAUAUGAACCAUGCACAUAGCAUAUAACGCGAAAAAGGGGGGGGGGCGGUGGUUUAUGGUUUGUUUAUAUUGUGUUGUAUGGGAUUGCCGUGGGAUUGCCGUGGGAUUGCCGUAGGAUUGCCGUGGGAUUGCUAGAGAGCAAUGUUUUAAAGCAAUUAUUUUUAAUUGGUUUCUUAUUUUAUUAAUGCAUAUUUUGCAAAAAAAAUCUGUUUUUAAAAAUUAACUAAAUUAGUCUACAGAUCAGGGGUCGGGAACCUAUGGCUCGCGAACCAGAUGUGGCUCUAUUGAUGGCUGCAUCUGGCUCGCAGACAAAUAUUCGAUAAUAAAAAAAAAUAAUAAUUUUUCUUUAGACUCCUUUGAUCUACAUAUUAAUUGCAUAUCACCAUUUCAUUCCACAAAUGUACUAAAGUCUACUGCAGUUCAGGAUCAGAAAUGGAUUUUUUUUAGUUUUAAACAUAAUGUAUGGCUCUCACAGAAUUAAUUUUCAAAAUAUGUGGUGUCCAUGGCUCUCUCAGACAAAAAGGUUCCCGACCCUACUAUAGUAAAAGACUAAAAUGUCGUUUUUGAAUAGAAUAAUUUGCACAUUUUUGUUAGAAUAAAUUCUGGGUUUUUUUUGUUUUUUUUUUUGUUUUGUUUUUUUUGCUUUCAUUUUUUUUGUUCUCGUUUUUUAACUUUAUUUUGUGUUAUGAGGGUGGAUCGGGGAUGAUUUCUAGAAAAGUUCAAUAAUUUUAGUGGGGAGGGGGUGGUCAAUAACAAUGUUAUUUUCAUAUUUUGUGUUAUAUAAAAUGAGCGCGUCCCUAUACAAUUUUGUUUCCUCUUUGUGUAUUAUUAUUUAUAAGUCUUUAGUUUUCCGAAUCCAAUGAUCUCAUUUCUCUUGUGUUUCGAUCUAAUAAUCUAAUGCAAUAUAAUCUAAGGUAAUAAUAAUCUAAUGUAAUCUAACCUGAUGAAAUCUAACCUAGUGUAAUAUCUUCCCUUCCCUUUUUCCUGUCGAUUCUGUGUUAGUGAUAUUUUCAGGGGGUUUUAUGAAGAGUGUUUCCUAUCCACCUCCAUCUUUUCAGUAUGAUAUGAUGUCUUCAGCAAUAGGCUCCAGGUAACGUCCUUUCCAUUAAGUCUUUAUUUGGGAUGGUGUUUGGCUCUUAUGAUUUCAGGAUCUUUAUAAUGAAAUUGUUUUUGAACGUCUGUACUUUCUGCGUAAUGCUCGCUGUUGUUCUCCAAGUUUUGGCUCUAAAAGACUACGAUUGUUUUGACAUUUGUUUUAUAAGAUUCUGAAUUCAGUUUGCAAAAUUAGCUCCAUAUUUUCUUUAAGAGCACAAAUGAUGAUCAAGCCUUUAGAAUUCUAGACCUGACAUCAGCGUUGGUUUAACCAUUUAUGUCAAUGGCGCUGUCCAAGUAUUGGAAGGUCUCAACUUCUACUAGUGUAUUUCGAGCCAAGGAAAUAUUCUUGGUCAGUUUAAACUGGUUUAGGUCAUGGAUAACUUUGAAUUUGUGGUCAAUCUUUAAGCUGGGUGUUUACUUCAUAGAUAACUUUGAAUUUGUGGUCAAUAUUUAAGCUGGGUGUUUACUUUAUGGAUAACUUUGUAUUUGUGGUCAAUCUUUAAGCUGGGUGUUUACUUUAUGGAUAACUUUGUAUUUGUGGUCAAUCUUUAAGCUGGUGGUUUACUUUAUAGAUAACUUUGUAUUUGUGGUCAAUCUUUAAGCUGGUGGUUUAUUUUAUAGAUAACUUUGUAUUUGUGGUCAAUCUUUAAGCUGGUGGUUUAUUUUAUAGAUAACUUUGUAUUUGUGGUCAAUCUUUAAGCUGGUGGUUUACUUUAUGGAUAACUUUGUAUUUGUGGUCAAUCUUUAAGCUGGGGGUUUACUUUAUAGAUAACUUUGUAUUUGUGGCCAAUCUUUAAGCUGGUGGUUUACUUUAUAGAUAACUUUGUAUUUGUGGUCAAUCUUUAAGCUGGUGGUUUACUUUAUAGAUAACUUUGUAUUUGUGGUCAAUCUUUAAGCUGGUGGUUUACUUUAUAGAUAACUUUGUAUUUGUGGUCAAUCUUUAAGCUGGGGGUUUACUUUAUGGAUAACUUUGUAUUUGUGGCCAAUCUUUAAGCUGGUGGUUUACUUUAUAGAUAACUUUGUAUUUGUUGCCAAUCUUUAAGCUGGGGGUUUACUUUAUUUUCUUUCAAACGUUUUCUUCAGUUCGUUCAUGGAUGAAGGAUUUCAGCCAAUAAGUCUGUGUUGCUGCUUUGGGUCGAUAUUUCAAGCUUUCCCAUAAUUUUUUCCUAAUAUCUUUCAUAAGACAGAAAAGCAGACAGCAAUACGACCUUUGAAACUUAUGUUUACCAUCUUUAGCAAAUGGUAAAUGCAAAAACGGCCUGAAUUAGUUGUGAGCUUGCUUAAAGUAAACGUAAACAUAAGUCUGUUUUGAACGCAAUCCUGUCUCAAGUCAACUCUCUCUUGUAUAUAGUGAGGCUCUCUUGUCAAUAUUGAGCGUACUCUCUCUCUCUCUCUCUCUCUCUCUCUCUCUCUCUCUAUAUAUAUAUAUAUAUAUAUAUAUAUAUAUAUAUAUAUACACAAGAGUACAUAUUUCUUAUAUUUUUUUCAUAUAUAGAAAGAAGAGGAAGAGUUAUAUAUAAAUAUAACUCUCUUUUAUAUAUAGUGUCGCUCUCUUCUCUAUAUAGUGUGCUCUCUCUCUCUCUCUCUCUCUCUCUCUCUCUCUCUCUAUAUAUAUAUAUAUAUAUAUAUAUAUAUAUAUAUAUAUAUAUGCACACUAGGACAUAUUUAUUUCUUAUGUUUCAUAUAUUGGAAGCAGAGGAAGAGUUUUAUAUACUAUGCGUUGCACGUUGAAUGACAUAAUGACAACAGACAAAUGAAAGCGUCUAGUAUUUUGACAUGUCACAAAACAAGCGUAUGUUAACCAAUGAAUGACAUACCUGUGUGUUUAUAUCCUGGAGGUUCCGUGUUGUCCAGGCAAACAACGGUAACCAGAUAUUUUCUAAAGAUUAGCAGAUACUUUUUUACCUGCAUUUAAAAGACAAUGACGUCAAUACAUAUUAUUUCUUAUUUUAAUUUUCCUUUAAGUUAAAGUAAAUUGCAAUGAGCAUACUGUUUAUGUGAUUGUCCCCAUCCUCCUCCCCCUAACGAUCUUAUUGCUAACGUCAUAUGUUGGGUAUGUUGUGAUAGUAUUAUUUUAUUUAUUUUCAAUUAUAAUUUGUUGGCCUUGAGCCUCUCUAACAAUAAAGAAUGUAACAAGAUAUGUUUAGUUUUGAAAAGGAAAGACAGGACAAUUAAACAGGAAUUACGGCUAGAAGUCUUCGACAGCAGACAAUGCAGAACACGAAACAGUAUAUACUCUAAAUUAAAAAUAGAAAUAAGAAAUUAUUUUGUCAAAGAUCUCAAUAAAUUCCAUGUAGCUCAAUGCUCAGCGCGGGAAGACCUCUGUGUUAUUUACGGAAACGGAAGUUAAGCUGUUCCAACCGAAAACGUGCGACUAACAUUAUUCUAUGGUGCGUUCUAUCAGGGUAAAAGGAUUUAAGUUCUACCCCUUUAAACUUUGAAACAAGAAACACCGAGAAUAGAAAAUGAGGGAUAUUGAUGAGAGUAAGAGAGUAUUUCAUCGACUCCUCAUAUCAGUAUAAACCAUCAUUAACCACCAAAGUCGACUCCUCCAUCACCCAUUGCAUCUUGGUCUGAUACCUGCACCUGUCUUCCCCACGUUAAGCCGUGGUCAUUUGUCCUACAAGUUCCCACCUACAUCCCUGGUCAUGUGUUACAAUCAUAGGUGAUCUCUGUCUGUUACAAUCAUAGGUGAUCUCUGUCUGUUACAAUCAUAGGUGAUCUCUGUCUGUUACAAUCACAUGUGACCUCUGUCUGUUACAAUCAUAUGUGAUCUCUGUCUGUUACAAUCAUAUGUCAUCUCUGUCUGUUACAAUCACAUUUAACCUCUGUCUGUUACAAUCAUAUGUUAUCUCUGUCUGUUACAAUCAUAUGUCAUCUCUGUCUGUUACAAUCAUAUGUCAUCUCUGUCUGGUACAAUCAUAUGUGAUCUCUGUCUGUUACAAUCAUAGGUGAUCUCUGUCUGUUACAAUCAUAUAUGAUCUCUGUCUGUUACAAUCAUAUGUCAUCUCCGUCUGUUACAAUCAUAGGUGAUCUCUGUCUGUUACAAUCAUAUAUGAUCUCUGUCUGUUACAAUCAUAUGUCUUCUCUGUCUGUUACAAUCCUGUAUGAUCUCUGUCUGUUACAAUCAUAUGUGAUCUCUUUCUGUUACUAUCAUAAGGGAUCUCUGUUACAAUCAUAUGUGAUCUCUGUCUCGUAAAAUCAUAUGUGAUCUCUGUCUGUUACAAUCAUACGUGAUCUCUGUCUGUUACAAUCAUAUGUCAUCUCUGUCUGGUACAAUCAUACGUGAUCUCUGUCUGGUACAUUCACAUGGGACAUUUGUCUGUUACAAUCAUACGUGAUCUCUGUCUGGUACACUCAUAUGUGAUCUCUGUCUGUUACAAUCAUAGGUAUUCUAAUUUUUUUACUCCAUUUUUUAACAACUUCCCAUUUUCUCUCAAAGUGGCCAGAGAUUUAAAACGUCAUUUUUGUUUUUAAAGUAUGAAUAACAUUACUUGUUGGAUUAACUGAAUUUUUAAAAAUAAAAUGUGGUAUCGUUCCCAGUUCGAUGCCUGUUUCGAGGAGUCGAUCCUCCUCUGAGAGUUUUAACAAUUGCAAGUGUUUUUUAAAUAGUUAUAUGCAUGUUCUUUGGUAAGAACUGAUAACACUGUCUCUGAUGAGAAUUCUGUGUAUACGGCUGACUGCUCAAAUUUCAUGACUUAAUAAUACAAAUGUUGAAAUGCGUACAUUAAACAAAUACAAGUAUUGCCUGACUAUAUUUUUGUUUCCGAUACUUAGGGGUUGUUACAUUUUCAGGUUUUAUUUUCUUUAUGACUUAAAAUGGCGUAUCAUUAAUAAAUGGAUACACAUGUUCAAGAAAAUUUUCCUACAUAAGAAACUGAACAAACAAAACUGUAGCGUAUGAAUGCUAUUUAUUUUUAGCCCGCUUCGAAUGGGAUGGGAAAAAACGAAAAGAAAACUUGGAUGCACGACACAGAAGACGGAGCGUCAGGUGACGCCCAAGAGAAGACAUCCAUCAAGCAGAAAUUGAAGAGCUGCUGUCGGGAGACUUUCACCCUGCAGAAUGUACUCAACAAGUUUCCAAUCGUAAAGUGGUUGCCAAAUUACAGGUACGGUACGCACCCAAAGUAGCACUGCUGAAACUGCCGCAUCUUGAACGCAUUCGGGUGUUUGUCAAUGGUGUGCAGCUCCAGCUGCCACGUGUUCCUUGGGUGCCAAAACCGGUUGUUGUUGUUGUUUUGUUUUUUGUUGUUUUGUUGUUGUUGUUUUGUUUUGUUUUUUUUUGGGGGGGGGGAGGAGGGGGUGCGCAGCUGUUGUUGGAAAUAUGUCUAUCUGAGGAGGAAAAUAUUUCAUAUUUGAGCAUUUUUUUUUCGCUCGUAAUAGAUAAUUGAAUAUUUGAUUGUGAAAAACAUGGGGGGGGGGAGGAGGGGGUGCGCAGCUGUUGUUGGAAAUAUGUCUAUCUGAGGAGGAAAAUAUUUCAUAUUUGAGCAUUUUUUUUUCGCUCGUAAUAGAUAAUUGAUUAUUUGAUUGUGAAAAACCUGGGGUGGGGGUCGUGUGUGAAUGAAUGAUGCAGAAUAAAUUCCAAGAGAGAUUUAACGAAACGACACCAAGUAGCACAGUUGAUCUUUAUAUUGUUACGAAAGUUCGGCAUUACGGAAGCGUACUGUGUCCAUUGAUGAAAGAGGAAGUCUGAUUGACCUGUAAGCUUCUACGGUAGGGAGAAGCAUGUUCGUGUUAUCUAGACGGUGCUGCGCUCGCCCUUAUGAAGUCUACGAGGAGCAUCCUUCAAACUGAACAUCAGCAAUGCCCCCGUUCGCCAAUUCUUCGAGAACAUAAGUGCAAAUUUAUACCUGAUACACUUUGGAUAACAAUGGGCUGAUCCAUAUGUGCGAGCCAGGAUGAUGUAUUGUUGCAAUGUAUGGAUACUGUUUUUAUAGGAAGGUAUGAUUCUUAGACGAAUGUCCCGUUGGUCAACAGGUUGAUCAGACUUUCCCUUGAAAUUCCGUUGACAGAUUACCUUUCUAGAACCUUGUUGCUAUGUAUCUUUUAUUAAAUUUAAAAAAAAAUCUCCUACGAAAGCUUAGCCACCUCUUUUUGAACCAUCGUCACCCCUUUCAUUCAACUAUGAGCACCCCUUUCAUUCAACUAUGAGCACCCCUUUCAUUCAACUAUGAGCACCCCUUUCAUUCAACUAUGAGCACCCCUUUCAUUCAACUAUGAGCACCCCUUUCAUUCAACUAUGAGCACCCCUUUCAUUCAACUAUGAGCACCACUUUCAUUCAACUAUGAGCACCACUUUCAUUCAACUAUGAGCACCCCUUUCAUUAAACUAUGAGCACCCCUUUCAUUCAACUAUGAGCACCCCUUUCAUUCAACUAUGAGCACCCCUUUCAUUCAACUAUGAGCACCCCUUUCAUUCAACUAUGAGCACCCCUUUCCAUCCAUGGAGAGUCCCAUUUUGAACAAAAACCACAAAGCAUAGUAUUAUCCUUUUCACUUCUAUGGACCAGUGUUGUUAGAUAGACCUAAGCACCGUUGACAAAUUCCAAUACGGCUUCAAGAUGCGAGAGUUUUUUUACGGCUAGUUUUGCUCAUGCUAUAUAUGACAAAUUUUAACAUGGGGGUAUUAGGUGGGAGUCGGGAGUUUAAGUCGAAAAUUGUUUUUCCUCGAAUCAGAUUUUGAUAAUUUUGAAUGUUAGGUCAAUUUUAAAACGACAUUAUUUAAUAAAAUUGCUCUGUGAGGAGUCAAAGAUUACAUUAACCAAAAAAAAAACAACAACAACAAACAAACAAACAAACAUAAGAAGUGGGUGGGGGAGGGGGUCUUCAGAAUCCUACGGUUUGAAUGAGGAUUUAGAAAUGUUUAUUGUUGAUUGUGUGCAGAAGGUUGUUAAGUUUGAUAAAGUUUAUAGUACACAUAUAUCUGAAUAUCAAAUAGGACCGAUUUUAGUUAUGACAUAUAUGUCACUGAUCGUUCGCCACCUAGUUAUGUAAUGUCGUAAGUGACGUUAGGGCAUGUGGCAUUAAUAGUUGGGCUGUCGAACUAAGUGCACUGUAUAGGAAUCUGGAUGGCAGUCAGUGAUGAAAAUGCUUGAAACAUUCAAAUGGUUUUCAGUGAAAUCAAUGCUUGAAACAUUGAGAUGGUUGCCAGGGAUGAAAAUUCUUGAGGAAUUCACAUUGGUGUAAAUUUACGAACCGGCUAUGCGUAGAUAUUGGGUAAAUCCUAGGUCUACUUGUGUUCAUGCAAAAUGCUCAAUGGGGUUGGGAGGAUUGAUCAGGAAUUUAGAUCCUUUUAUUGAUGAGUUAUAGACUCCUGAAAUACUGUUGCAGUUUCGGAACUACAAUGACAAAAUGCUCAUAAAAUUGGUUAAAACCAGGAUACAUAGGACACUAUGGUUAACUAUACUCAGUAUGAAGAUAGGUGAGAGAGCUUUGUCGUCCAGUUUAUGACUUUUUUGUCUUGAAGAGAUCUACUUCCCAUCUAACCCUGAUUUGACUAAUUGUAUUUCUUAAGCUUACUUAUUUAUAGCUAACGCUUACGUUUUUCAAUAAUCUCAAGAUGUUUUUAGUGCAAAAAUGUGCGACUGACCCCCAUACCGUAAUGUCUCGUUACUUGUUAACUGUUUUUCUACCUAACAGGUGCGACACAUUCCAAAGCGACCUGAUAGCCGGUUUUACAGUUGGUCUGACGGUCAUUCCACAAGGAUUAGCGUAUGCCCAAGUCGCUGAUCUCCCUCCCCAGGUAAGCUUUUAUGACGACCCCCCCCACCCCCCACGCUUUCAAAAUAUUAUGUAUCAGAGCAAAGGCAGGACAAUUAAUGAUGUUACUACUAAUUAACGACCCUUGAAAAUUGAAAAAAAAAUAUUCUGAUUGGGUACUAUAUUCCUGUAUUAAAUUAUUAACAAUAGUUAGUUACAUUUAAAUACAAAUAUGGAUAAAUAAAUACUAUUUUUUACAAUACGUAUAUAAAAGUGUUACAGUAAAAUUGUCCUCAUCUAAGUCUCGGGGAAAAAUAAUUAGAUCUACUUUUUUUUUUUUUUUUUUUUUUUUUUUUUUUUUUUUUUAAGUGGGGGGGGGGGGGGUGCAGCAUGGCGUCGGUUACUGUCCGAAUUGACCACUCCAAAUAAUCGAGUUAUUUCAUUUACUUGUUUAACGUAUUAGCUGAGACGGGUCAAGUGGUUUUAAUCGGUUGACGAUUAUUUCAGAUCGGAAUAUCCGUAUCGAUACCUUGUCAAUGGAAAUUUAAAGUUAACUAAGUCUAAAGAUAACUAAAUCUCAAGUUAACUAAAUCUCAAGUUAACUAAAUCUAAAGUUAACUAAAUCAUAAGUUAACUAAAUCUAAAGUUAACUAAAUCUAACGUUAACUAAGUCUAAAGAGAACUAAAUCUCAAGUUAACUAAAUCUAAAGUUAACUAAAUCUGAAGUUAACUAAAUCUCAAGUUAACUAAAUCUAAAGUUAACUAAAUCUAAAGUUAACUAAAUCUAAAGUUAACUAAAUCUAAAGUUAACAAAGUCAAAAUGCAAAUAUCCCAGCGCGUUUUAAUUUCAAAUGUUUUCUUUUUAGGCUCUCAUUUUUUAAUAACUAUUUCUUUUUUUUAAAUUUACAAGUACAAACAUGAAUGCUAUCCGCUUUGAUUGAUUCCUUCGGCAAAUGAAGACUCAUAUAUAUCGACUGUUAAUCACAUCGAUUAUUUACCAACAGCGAUGUCAACUUUGACCAUUGAUAGACAACGAUUUCUUACACAUCAAUAUUUGAUCAGCAGUUGUUUCUUAGAAACAUAGUAUGUGAUCAGCUCUUUGUUUCUUUCUACCCAGUAUUUGAUCAGCUCUUUGUUUCUUUCUACCCAGUAUUUGAUCAGAUCUUUGUUUCUUUCUACCCAGUAUUUGAUCAGCUCUUUGUUUUUUCUCCUUAGUAUUUAAUCAGCUCUUUGUUUCUUUCUACCCAGUAUUUGAUCAGCUCUUUGUUUUUUCUCCUUAGUAUUUAAUCAGCUCUUUGUUUCUUUCUACCCAGUAUUUGAUCAGCUCUUUGUGUCUUUCUCCUUAGUAUUUAAUCAGCUCUUUGUUUCUUUCUACCCAGUAUUUGAUCAGCUCUUUGUUUCUUUCUCCUUAGUAUUUAAUCAGCUCUUUGUUUCUUUCUACCUAGUAUAUGAUCAGCUCUUUGUUUCUUUCUCCUUAGUAUUUAAUCAGCUCUUUGUUUCUUUCUCCCUAGUAUGUGAUCAGCUCUUUGUUUCUUUCUCCUUAGUAUUUAAUCAGCUCUUUGUUUCUUUCUACCUAGUAUAUGAUCAGCUCUUUGUUUCUUUCUCCUUAGUAUUUAAUCAGCUCUUUGUUUCUUUCUACCUAGUAUUUGAUCAGCUCUUUGUUUCUUUCUCCUUAGUAUUUAAUCAGCUCUUUGUUUCUUUCUCCCUAGUAUUUGAUCAGCUCUUUGUUUCUUUCUCCUUAGUAUUUAAUCAGCUCUUUGUUUCUUUCUCCCUAGUAUUUGAUCAGCUCUUUGUUUCUUUCUCCUUAGUAUUUAAUCAGCUCUUUGUUUCUUUCUCCCUAGUAUUUGAUCAGCUCUUUGUUUCUUUCUCCUUAGUAUUUAAUCAGCUCUUUGUUUCUUUCUCCCUAGUAUUUGAUCAGCUCUUUGUUUCUUUCUCCUUAGUAUUUAAUCAGCUCUUUGUUUCUUUCUCCCUAGUAUUUGAUCAGCUCUUUGUUUCUUUCUCCUUAGUAUUUAAUCAGCUCUUUGUUUCUUUCUCCCUAGUAUUUGAUCAGCUCUUUGUUUCUUUCUCCUUAGUAUUUAAUCAGCUCUUUGUUUCUUUCUCCCUAGUAUUUGAUCAGCUCUUUGUUUCUUUCUCCUUAGUAUUUAAUCAGCUCUUUGUUUCUUUCUCCCUAGUAUUUGAUCAGCUCUUUGUUUCUUUCUCCUUAGUAUUUAAUCAGCUCUUUGUUUCUUUCUCCCUAGUAUUUGAUCAGCUCUUUGUUUCUUUCUCCUUAGUAUUUAAUCAGCUCUUUGUUUCUUUCUCCCUAGUAUUUGAUCAGCUCUUUGUUUCUUUCUCCUUAGUAUUUAAUCAGCUCUUUGUUUCUUUCUACCUAGUAUUUGAUCAGCUCUUUGUUUCUUUCUCCUUAGUAUUUAAUCAGCUCUUUGUUUCUUUCUCCUUAGUAUUUAAUCAGCUCUUUGUUUCUUUCUACCUAGUAUAUGAUCAGCUCUUUGUUUCUUUCUCCUUAGUAUUUAAUCAGCUCUUUGUUUCUUUCUACCUAGUAUAUGAUCAGCUCUUUGUUUCUUUCUCCUUAGUAUCUAAUCAGCUCUUUGUUUCUUUCUACCCAGUAUUUGAUCAGCUCUUUGUUUCUUUCUCCUUAGUAUUUAAUCAGCUCUUUGUUUCUUUCUACCUAGUAUAUAAUCAGCUCUUUGUUUCUUUCUCCUUAGUAUUUAAUCAGCUCUUUGUUUCUUUCUCCCUAGUAUGUGAUCAGCUCUUUGUUUCUUUCUCCCUAGUAUGUGAUUAGCUCUUUGUUUCUUUCUCCUUAGUAUUUAAUCAGCUCUUUGUUUCUUUCUCCUUAGUAUUUAAUCAGCUCUUUGUUUCUUUCUCCCUAGUAUGUGAUCAGCUCUUUGUUUCUUUCUCCUUAGUAUUUAAUCAGCUCUUUGUUUCUUUCUACCUAGUAUAUGAUCAGCUCUUUGUUUCUUUCUCCUUAGUAUUUAAUCAGCUCUUUGUUUCUUUCUCCUUAGUAUUUAAUCAGCUCUUUGUUUCUUUCUCCUUAGUAUUUAAUCAGCUCUUUGUUUCUUUCUACCUAGUAUAUGAUCAGCUCUUUGUUUCUUUCUCCUUAGUAUUUAAUCAGCUCUUUGUUUCUUUCUCCUUAGUAUUUAAUCAGCUCUUUGUUUCUUUCUCCCUAGUAUGUGAUCAGCUCUUUGUUUCUUUCUCCCUAGUAUGUGAUCAGCUCUUUGUUUCUUUCUCCUUAGUAUUUAAUCAGCUCUUUGUUUCUUUCUCCCUAGUAUGUGAUCAGCUCUUUGUUUCUUUCUCCUUAGUAUUUAAUCAGCUCUUUGUUUCUUUCUCCCUAGUAUGUGAUCAGAUCUUUGUUUCUUUCUCCUUAGUAUUUAAUCAGCUCUUUGUUUCUUUCUCCCUAGUAUAUAAUCAGCUCUUUGUUUCUUUCUCCUUAGUAUUUAAACAGCUCUUUGUUUCUUUCUCCCUAGUAUGUGAUCAGCUCUUUGUUUCUUUCUCCUUAGUAUUUAAUCAGCUCUUUGUUUCUUUCUACCUAGUAUAUGAUAAGCUCUUUGUUUCUUUCUCCUUAGUAUUUAAUCAGCUCUUUGUUUCUUUCUCCUUAGUAUUUAAUCAGCUCUUUGUUUCUUUCUACCUAGUAUGUGAUCAGCUCUUUGUUUCUUUCUCCCUAGUAUGUGAUCAGCUCUUUGUUUCUUUCUCCUUAGUAUUUAAUCAGCUCUUUGUUUCUUUCUCCUUAGUAUUUAAUCAGCUCUUUGUUUCUUUCUCCCUAGUAUGUGAUCAGCUCUUUGUUUCUUUCUCCUUAGUAUUUAAUCAGCUCUUUGUUUCUUUCUCCCUAGUAUGUGAUCAGCUCUUUGUUUCUUUCUCCUUAGUAUUUAAUCAGCUCUUUGUUUCUUUCUCCCUAGUAUGUGAUCAGCUCUUUGUUUCUUUCUCCUUAGUAUUUAAUCAGCUCUUUGUUUCUUUCUCCCUAGUAUGUGAUCAGCUCUUUGUUUCUUUCUCCUUAGUAUUUAAUCAGCUCUUUGUUUCUUUCUCCCUAGUAUGUGAUCAGCUCUUUGUUUCUUUCUCCUUAGUAUUUAAUCAGCUCUUUGUUUCUUUCUCCCUAGUAUGUGAUCAGCUCUUUGUUUCUUUCUCCUUAGUAUUUAAUCAGCUCUUUGUUUCUUUCUCCCUAGUAUGUGAUCAGCUCUUUGUUUCUUUCUCCUUAGUAUUUAAUCAGCUCUUUGUUUCUUUCUCCCUAGUAUGUGAUCAGCUCUUUGUUUCUUUCUCCUUAGUAUUUAAUCAGCUCUUUGUUUCUUUCUCCCUAGUAUGUGAUCAGCUCUUUGUUUCUUUCUCCUUAGUAUUUAAUCAGCUCUUUGUUUCUUUCUCCCUAGUAUGUGAUCAGCUCUUUGUUUCUUUCUCCUUAGUAUUUAAUCAGCUCUUUGUUUCUUUCUCCCUAGUAUGUGAUCAGCUCUUUGUUUCUUUCUCCUUAGUAUUUAAUCAGCUCUUUGUUUCUUUCUCCCUAGUAUGUGAUCAGCUCUUUGUUUCUUUCUCCUUAGUAUUUAAUCAGCUCUUUGUUUCUUUCUCCCUAGUAUGUGAUCAGCUCUUUGUUUCUUUCUCCUUAGUAUUUAAUCAGCUCUUUGUUUCUUUCUCCCUAGUAUUUGAUCAGCUCUUUGUUUCUUUCUCCUUAGUAUUUAAUCAGCUCUUUGUUUCUUUCUCCCUAGUAUUUGAUCAGCUCUUUGUUUCUUUCUCCUUAGUAUUUAAUCAGCUCUUUGUUUCUUUCUCCCUAGUAUUUGAUCAGCUCUUUGUUUCUUUCUCCUUAGUAUUUAAUCAGCUCUUUGUUUCUUUCUCCCUAGUAUGUGAUCAGCUCUUUGUUUCUUUCUCCCUAGUAUGUGAUCAGCUCUUUGUUUCUUUCUCCUUAGUAUUUAAUCAGCUCUUUGUUUCUUUCUCCUUAGUAUUUAAUCAGCUCUUUGUUUCUUUCUACCUAGUAUGUGAUCAGCUCUUUGUUUCUUUCUCCUUAGUAUUUAAUCAGCUCUUUGUUUCUUUCUCCCUAGUAUGAUAUCAGCUCUUUGUUUCUUUCUCAUUAGUAUUUAAUCAGCUCUUUGUUUCUUUCUACCUAGCAUAUGAUCAGCUCUUUGUUUCUUUCUCCUUAGUAUUUAAUCAGCUCUUUGUUUCUUUCUACCUAGUAUUUGAUCAGCUCUUUGUUUCUUUCUCCUUAGUAUUUAAUCAGCUCUUUGUUUCUUUCUCCUUAGUAUUUAAUCAGCUCUUUGUUUCUUUCUACCUAGUAUAUGAUCAGCUAUUUGUUUCUUUCUCCUUAGUAUUUAAUCAGCUCUUUGUUUCUUUCUCCGUAGUAUAUGAUCAGCUCUUUGUUUCUUUCUCCUUAGUUAUUUCAUCAGCUCUUUGUUUCUUUCUACCUAGUAUAUGAUCAGCUCUUUGUUUCUUUCUCCUUAGUAUUUAAUCAGCUCUUUGUUUCUUUCUACCCAGUAUUUGAUCAGCUCUUUGUUUCUUACUCCUUAGUAUUUAAUCAGCUCUUUGUUUCUUUCUACCUAGUAUUUGAUCAGCUCUUUGUUUCUUUCUCCUUAGUAUUUAAUCAGCUCUUUAAUUCUUUCUCCUUAGUAUUUAAUCAGCUCUUUGUUUCUUUCUACCUAGUAUAUGAUCAGCUCUUUGUUUCUUUCUCCCUAGUAUGUGAUCAGCUCUUUGUUUCUUUCUCCCUAGUAUGUGAUCAGCUCUUUGUUUCUUUCUCCCUAGUAUGUGAUCAGCUCUUUGUUUCUUUCUCCGUAGUAUGUGAUCAGCUCUUUGUUUCUUUCUCCUUAGUAUUUAAUCAGCUCUUUGUUUCUUUCUCCCUAGUAUUUGAUUAGCUGUUUGUUUCUUUCUCCUUAGUAUUUAAUCAGCUCUUUGUUUCUUUCUACCUAGUAUAUGAUCAGCUCUUUGUUUCUUUCUCCUUAGUAUUUAAUCAGCUCUUUGUUUCUUUCUACCUAGUAUAUGAUCAGCUCUUUGUUUCUUUCUCCUUAGUAUUUAAUCAGCUCUUUGUUUCUUUCUCCCUAGUAUGUGAUCAGCUCUUUGUUUCUUUCUCCUUAGUAUUUAAUCAGCUCUUUGUUUCUUUCUCCCUAGUAUGUGAUCAGCUCUUUGUUUCUUUCUCCUUAGUAUUUAAUCAGCUCUUUGUUUCUUUCUCCCUAGUAUGUGAUCAGCUCUUUGUUUCUUUCUCCUUAGUAUUUAAUCAGCUCUUUUUUUCUUUCUCCCUCGUAUUUAAUCAGCUAUUUGUUUCCUUCUCCCCAGUAUUUGAUGAACUCCUUGUUUCUUUCUCCCCAGUACGGCCUGUACUCAGCUUUCGUCGGAUGUUUCAUCUACUGUUUUUUAGGCACAUCCAAAGACAUCACGCUCGGCCCGACGGCAAUAUUAUCCCUCAUGACUGCCACGUUUGGAACUGCCGUGUCCCCCUAUCUACCAAACGGCGGGAAGGAUCCCACACUGACAAUUGUGCUGACCCUUUUCACGGGUAUCAUACAACUCGUAUUGGGGAUUCUGAAGCUUGGUAAGAACUAGAAUCUAAUCAGUGCAUAAAGUUUGGAGUAGCAAAAUACUAUAAUCCACCUCUUUUGCUCAUCUUUUACUUUGGUACCAAGGCUGUACAAUUUCUUAUCAAAGACUUUCCAUGUGUUUUCCAAGCAGCAGUAGAUCUACUUACAUGCGUUCGUUAAAGACUUCUGUGUGUGGCAUCCCAAAAGUUAUGAACGCGAUUGUUACAUGUUAUCAACCAAAACUCGUCCUCCGAUUAGUUGAUCGUUUUAACAGGUUCAUUUCAUGCAUCCAAAGAAACUCUUUUGCAAUUGUGUAGUUUGUCUUGGGGGUAACACAAAUUAGAGGAAGAAAACAAAAUACGAGCUAAAUUACUUCGUGUCUCAUGUAUGGCAUAUAAAUUUAAAAUGUCAACUCAUCUGUAGCGUUGUCUGACUCGCUGCUAAGAGACAGUGGGUUUGAUUUCAUCGUAGUCGUCCUCGGCUGCGUGUAAGAGCAGUGGAAAUGAGCGAAACAAAGUGUGGGAAAACCUGGAGAAAAAAAAGGAACCCAACAAAACAAUGAACGCGUCGAAAGGAAGCCUUCAUAGGCGAACAAAUAACAGUUAAAAUAAAAUUAAAUAAAAAUAACAUCUAGCUGUAAUGUAUCCGAGAGGACUGCAAGAGGAAUGUAUGAGAGCAGGAUAGAAUGGAACAGUUAGGCAGGAUGGAAUGGAACAGCUAGGCAGAAUGGAAUGGAACAGCUAGCUUAGGGGGUAGGGGAACUUUUAAGCCUAAAAUUCAAAGUUUUCGUUCACGCGCGCCCCCUUCCGCUAGCAUCACGAUAAGAAAAGGAGAAAAAUCACAGACUAUUUACUUGUAAAAUCUUUCAUUAUAUCCCACUGACACGGAGAAAACUUUCUCAAAAUAAGUAUUAUAAAAUAAGUGAGAUAAAAUACAUAAAUAUUGUAUUAAAUAUUUCUGAGUAAGAUAUAAAGUAGUGGGACACUGCCAACCACAACACCAUGUUGACACUUGUUGUUGACACUUGUUGCUGAUACUUGUUGUUGACACGUGUUGUUGACACUUGUUGCUGACACUUGUUGUUGACACUUGUUGUUGACACGUGUUGCUGACACUUGUUGUUGACACGUGUUGCUGACACUUGUUGCUGACACUUGUUGCUGACACUUGUUGCUGACACCUGUUAAGAGCGUUUCUCUAUCACUCUGACCAGAUGCAGUGAUGCCAUGGGAAACAAUUGUCAUAGUAAGGAACGCGCUUAUUAUGGCCUAUAUUUUGAUGUACGUCCAUGGAGCGCUCAUUUCUUCCAAGCUUUUCACUUUUACCCCAUUCUAUGUUAGCUAGAGUAGGGCAGUUAUUCUUUGGGGUGUUUAGACAUGUGUAGAAAUUCUAAACCACUGAAUGUACAAAGACAUCGGACAAUCUGGCAUGUGUGCUAGAGUAAGGCAGUUAUUCUUUGGGAAGUUUAGACAUGUGUAGAAAUUCUAAACCACUGAAUGUACAAAGACAUCGGACAAUCUGGCAUGUGUUUUUUAAUUAUUUUUUUUUAAAUUCCCUGUUAACGCCAAAAGAGCUGCCGAAAUAUUUCCAUGAGUAAAAAAAAAAUAAAACGAACGAAUUUAAAUUAUCAAAUUUAGUGUUGAAACAUAUACAUUUCUAGUAUAUUAAAAUAUAUAUUGAUUAUUCUAUAAAUGGAGCACCCAUAAGUUGUAAUGUUGUUAUAACUGUUGUGUAAAUGGAGCAACCAUAAGUUGUCAUGUUGUUAUAACUGUUGUGUAAAUGGAGCAACCAUAAGUUGUCAUGUUGUUAUAACUGUUGUGUAAAUGGAGCAACCAUAAGUUGUCAUGUUGUUAUAACUGUUGUGUAAAUGGAGCAACCAUAAGUUGUCAUGUUGUUAUAACUGUUGUGUAAAUGGAGCAACCAUAAGUUGUCAUGUUGUUAUAACUGUUGUGUAAAUGGAGCAACCAUAAGUUGUCAUGUUGUUAUAACUGUUGUGUAAAUGGAGCAACCAUAAGUUGUAAUGUUGUUAUAACUGUUGUGUAAAUGGAGCAACCGUAAGUUGUCAUAUUGUUAUAACUGUUGUGUAAAUGGAGCAACCAUAAGUUGUCAUGUUGUCAUAACUGUUGUGUAAAUGGAGCAACCAUAAGUUGUCAUGUUGUUAUAACUGUUGUGUAAAUGGAGCAACCAUAAGUUGUAAUGUUGUCAUAACUGUUGUGUAAAUGGAGCAACCAUAAGUUGUAAUGUUGUCAUAACUGUUGUGUAAAUGGAGCAACCAUAAGUUGUCAUGUUGUCAUAACUGUUGUGUAAAUGGAGCAACCAUAAGUUGUCAUGUUGUCAUAACUGUUGUGUAAAUGGAGCAACCAUAAGUUGUCAUCUUGUUAUAACUGUUGUGUAAAUGGAGCAACCAUAAGUUGUCAUGUUGUUAUAACUAUUGUGUGAAUGGAGCAACCAUAAGUUGUCAUGUUGUUAUAACUGUUGUGUAAAUGGAGCAACCAUAAGUUGUCAUGUUGUUAUAACUGUUGUGUGAAUGGAGCAACCAUAAGUUGUCAUGUUGUUAUAACUGUUGUGUGAAUGGAGCAACCAUAAAAGUCAUGUUGUUAUAACUGUUGUGUAAAUGGAGCAACCAUAAGUUCUCAUGUUGUCAUAGCUGUUGUGUAAAUGGAGCAACCAUAAGUUGUCAUGUUGUCAUAACUGCUCUGUAAAUGGAGCAACCAUAAGUUGUAGUGUUGUCAUAACUGUUGUGUGAAUGGAGCAACCAUAAGUUGUAAUGUUGUCAUAACUGUUGUGUGAAUGGAGCAACCAUAAGUUGUCAUGUUGUCAUAACUGUUUUGUAAAUGGAGCAACCAUAAGUUGUAAUGUUGUCAUAACUGUUGUGUAAAUGGAGCACCCAUAAGUUCUAAUGUUGUCAUAACUGUUGUGUAAAUGGAGCAACCAUAAGUUGUCAUUUUGUCAUAACUGCUGUGUAAAUGGAGCAACCAUAAGGUGUAAUGUUGUCAUAACUGCUGUGUGAAUGGAGCAACCAUAAGUUGUCCUGUUGUCAUAACUGUUGUGUGAAUGGAGCAACCAUAAGUUGUCAUGUUGUCAUAACUGCUGUGUAAAUGGAGCAACCAUAAGUUGUCAUGUUGUCAUAACUGUUGUGUAAAUGGAGCAACCAUAAGUUGUCAUCUUGUUAUAACUGUUGUGUAAAUGGAGCAACCAUAAGUUGUCAUGUUGUCAUAACUGUUGUGUGAAUGGAGCAACCAUAAGUUGUCAUGUUGUCAUAACUGCUGUGUGAAUGGAGCAACCAUAAGUUGUCAUGUUGUCAUAACUGCUGUGUGAAUGGAGCAACCAUAAGUUGUCAUGUUGUCAUAACUGCUGUGUGACUACGACGACAGAAGCGGGGAAACGUUUUUAAGGCCGCUGUAAGGAAGCUGUGGAUAUGGACCGUUUGAUAUAUACAAUAGAACCAACAUAUUGAUGAACCAAUUGUUUUGAUCCCCAUUGACAUUUCAGGCAUCUUGGUCAACUUCAUUUCAUUCCCUGUGAUCAACGCCUUCACGUGUGCGGCAGCCAUCACCAUCGCAUUCGGACAGUUAAAGGCAAGCACGAGCAGAUCUAUUUUGAUCCAAUUUCUUUCAAAUGAGUUGAAACCUUUAAAUAAAAAGAAAAUGUCAUGGCUUUAAUGAUAUAAACUUUUGAAAACUAUAUAUUUAUAUCAUUUUAAGGAUGCCAGAUUUAUUAUAAAUCAUGUUAUAUUUCUAAUUAUUUAUUUCACAAGACUGUCCUGGGACUGACGGAUAUUUCAGACGAUUUCAUACACAUGGUAUAUGAAACCUGCAAGAAGAUUCCCGAAACAAGGUAUUUCAAUCCUCAUCUCACAAAUAUCAAUGGAAAGUUUGUUGCUCUAAAAAAUAAUGUAGAUCUAGCUUUAAGAACAUCGCAUCCGUGGUUUUCUUAAUAACUGGCCUUCUUAUGGUCGAUUUUUUAAAAAUAUGUUCUCAAAUAAAUGUUAACAACACUUGUCUCUAAAUUCGAAUAUGAAAAUAUCACAGCGAGACAGUUGCAGCACCACACAUCCAUGCAUCCAAUCAAUGAUGAUAUUAAUUUUUAACUUAUUUGGAUUGUAUUCAGUGACGUAGGAAGAGGGUUUCGGUUGGGGGGGGGAGGGGGUGGGGUAGGGGAUUAAAACCCCGGACGGCACUUAUCUCUUUAUGUUGAGGGGUGGUAUUUUCGACCAACUGUUUAGUUGUUUUUUCUUAGAUAGCGGGAGUGGGACAAAAAGUAUGACCCACCUCCUGGCGGCUCUUGUUCUAAUCCCAGCUACGCCACUGAUUGUAAUCAAACAACUGGGACGUAAUUAUCUUUUUUUUUUAUUCUUUAAAUUAACUUUUCAACAACAUAAAAGCUAGACUAUAAUCAACGGGAAAGUAAGUCUGCACCACUGUUGAUUAUCUUGGGCAGUGUCUCAAGUUUUGCAGUUUGUGCAUUUUUUUAAAAACAUUCAACUACGUUGCAAGGUAAACACUAAUGUUUCAGGAUCUGGGACAUGACCAUGGGACUCGCAAGCUUUGUUGUCGUGUUGUUGAUGAAACGGCUGAGGGAAAUCAAGUGGUCCGAUGCGGAUGACCCUGACAUUAAGAUCCCCAUUCCCACCAUGGUUUUUAGGAAAUCUUUGUGGGUCAUUGGAACAGGUAAAUGACGUCAGGUUUACGUGACCCAGCUUAAAGCAUUGUAAUUGGCGUAAUAUUUUUUUAGGACACAACAUUACAAGGAAAAUAUUUAUUAUGAAAUAAAAUUACAAGCAAAAUAUUAACAAAAUCAGUGGGCUAUAAGAUGUUUAGGCCUCAGAAAAUAAUAAUUUUGGACAAACUUAUAAUGACAUUAGACAAUGUUAUGACAACAAAUAAAGACUGCGCUGGUGUAAUAAAGACAGGAUAUGAUGUAAUAAAGACAGUGUUGGGUUUUAAAAAUACAGUGUUGGAAUUAAAAAGGCAGUGUAGGGCGUAAUAAAGACAGUGGUGGGUAUAAUAAAGACAGUGUUUGGUAUAAUAAAGACAGUGUUUGGUAUAAUAAAGACAGUGUUUGGUAUAAUAAAGACAGUGUUUGGUAUAAUAAAGACAGUGUUUGGUAUAAUAAAGACAGUGUUUGGUAUAGGUAUAAUAAAGAUAGGUUUGGGUAUAUUAAAGAUAGGUUUGGGUAUAAUACGUACAGUCUUUUGUGUAACGAUGGUGGCGUUCGAUUACACAAAAUUUGGCUCCACUUUGUUCUUUACAAUAGAUACAAUCUCAUCGCUCAGUGAGUACCACAGAGAUUUGUUUAGGUCAUUUGAUCAAAUAACCUCAACUGUAGCCAAAAAGUGCGUUGUGGUGCAGACCGAAUCCCGCCUGAUGCACCACUAUAUUUAUCUACCAAUCGGACACGCCGCGGUUAAUAUGAAAUAUUUGCUAGAUUUUACAUCUUCAGUUUAUAAGUAGAUAAGAAAUGUACUUGUUUUAUGCGCUCUUAACUCCUUUUGUAACUUGUUAGAUAUAAUAACAACAAAAAUAAUAUCGUUAUUAUAACCAGUAAUAUAUUGCUCUAUUAAUAAUAUAUUUUGUGACUGUUAUGCAGCUUCUAAUGACCCCCAUACGGUUUUCUUUUUUACGUUUACACCUCUGCUCAUAACAUAAGAUAUGCAAACAAACUUAAUGCUACCUAAAUUUCUUUCAGAUGAUUUCUUAAAACAUAAGCCCCUUUCUGAAGCCUUCAAGUGACUUUUGGAGACCCUCUCCCAUUUUCUUCUUAUACCCCCCCCCACACACUUUUUUCGACCAAUAUCUUUUUAUUAAAGUUUCCACAUACCAACUUUGGGCCCCUUAAAUUUAAAUAAACGAGGCCUCCUUUCCCACAGAGAGCUUUUCAGUGCCCUGGCAACGGCUCAACUCCUAGCCCAUUUCUAUACAUCCGCGCUAAGAUAAACUCAUUUUUACCAAAUGUCUCCAGCAUCGAAUGCAAUUGUUGUGAUAAGCGCAGCCGGGGUCGUCGCAAUCCUGGAGAGCCAGGGGUUUAAUGACACCAUCACAGUUACCGGAGAAAUCGCGGCCGGAUUACCGACACUCUCGAUUCCAAAGUUCGAAAUAAACAACGAGAACAUCACAAUGAGUACAGGGGAAAUAUUCUCUGUGAGUUGAAGCGUGUUCUUGACAGUUAUCAGACCGUUCAAUUGAAUUACUUUUUAGCAUUAGGAGAUAGUUAUCUUCACCAUCUAAAUAUAAUGUUUAAAUAACAUAAAUUAAAUGUAUACUUUUAAUUUAAAAUUAUAAGAAUUCUCUACAUUAUGAAAAUAUUUAUCAUGCUUUUAAAUUAUUAUUCCAAAGACCUAUAAAUAGGCACGCGAUAAAAUGUAUUUUUAAAUUGGUUUACGUUUUUAUUUUAGCAUAGAACGUAUUCUAUUUAAUCACGUAGCAUUUUUUUAAGGUUAAUACAAUUAAUUUUGAACGGUUAUUUAUUUACUUUUAAAAAUAUUUAUUUGAUAAAGACGCUAGGAGCUGGUCUGGGUAUUGUUCCCCUUUUGGCCAUUGUGGAAACUAUGGCGAUUGGCAAGGCAUUCGGUAAGCUCUGUACACUUCCAUGAUGACACUUAAGGUUAACAGAAACAUAAUUCCAAAUAUUAAAUUGAAGUUUUUAUUGUUAAUAAGCGUGUGUGAAAUCGUGGAAUAUUUUUAUUUGCAGCAUAUCUUAUAUUAUUAAUGAUAUGUUUCUAUUCUCGUGCAUGCACAAAUUAAUGAAUGCAAUAUGUUCCUUUCAUUUAUAAAUCCAGCUCGUGCUAACAACUACAAAAUUGACCCCACCCAGGAGCUCGUGGCUAUUGGUGUGUCCAACAUUGUCAGCUCAUUUUUUCAAUCGUACCCCGUGACGGGCAGCUUCUCCAGGUAAUAGAAUGCUGCCACGUGCCGUUAUAAAUAUGUCGCAAAUAAUAAUUAGUUUUAAGAUUUGGCUCAUUAGAUGAAUAAAUAACAAAGGACUGAAAACCAGUGUACAGAGAAAUACAAUACGAUAGCUAGUGAUGUGAACAAUAUUCACUUUAAUUAUAGCAUUAAUUUUGUGUCAAAAUACUAGAUUAAAUAUUUAGAAAUAGGAACAUUUUAACUUACAGCACAGGGAGAGAAAAAGUAAAAUUCUCGAAAGAUGCAUAUAUCAAUGUAUACACACACACAAAGAGUACAAUCUUGUAAGGCUCCUGUUUAAAGGUUUAAAGUUGUGGAAUGACGUCCUCCUAACAUGCGUGUCCGAAAUAGAAAAAAAAAAGAUGAACAAUUUAAGAAGUUUGGCAAAUAAUAAUAAUACAUCAAUGGGAGUCGUGUCCUAACUGCAGCUGAAAAGCUUUCGAAACACUGACAACUGAUUAUAGGCUUGAAUUUGUACCGGUACCGUAAGUUACUUAACACUUCUUCUCUGACUUCAAAAUAUGAUGAUGCUCUGUGAGUUAAUAGACCUUAAGACCAAACAAAUACUUGUACCACUCAGCAAACAUGUUUUAGAGCAGGGAUGGACAACGCGCUGCCCACUAAAACGUUGAAUGCGGUUCACAACAGUUCCGAGAAAUGGAAUAUUGUUUACAUAACAUGUACACAUUUUGAAUGAUCAAAUUGUCAAACUAAUACUAGUUUUCAAACCAAAUUUUUGUAUUAUUAAUCUGCUUGUUUAUAAGAAAGAAUUCGGAGUGUACUUGGAAUGAACUCGGAGUGUACUUGGAGUGAACUCAGAAUUGACUUCGACUGAACUCGGAAUGAACUGAGAAUAAAUUCGGAAUGAACUCGAAAUGAAAUGGAAAUAAACACGAACGGAACUCGGAAGAAACUCGUAAUGAACUCGAAUUACACUGGGAAAGAACGGGAAUGAAGUCGUAAUGAACUCGGAAUGAACUCGGAAUGAACUCGGAAUGAACUGGGAAUGAAAUGGGAAUAAACUCGGAAGCCAUCUUCAUUGAAAAAUAGACAGUAUAAAAAAAUUACGUCCAAGGAAAAAACUGCCCACUCCCGUUUUAGAGCCUUAGUCGAUGGCAUGUGUGGGGUGGGAUGUUACGCCCUUUUGAGACCCUUAAAUGAACUAAUAACAACUUUUGUACCACUAAUUGAAUAGUUUGAACUAAAGAAGUUUAUAUAAUUUUGUCUUAUUUUUAAUUAUCAUUUUUUUUUUUUUUUUCAUCUCAGUAAUUUUAGAAUCACCAGAAUUCUUUGUCACAAGACCCAAUGACUCAAAAACUUUUUUUCGUAUUCCUUUUCUUUUAAAGAACAAUAAAUGAACUAAUAAAAACUUUUGUAACAAUAAUUGAAUAGUUUGAACUAAAGAAGUUUAUAUAAUUUUGUCUUAUUUUUAAUUAUCUUUUUUUUUUUUUUUUUCAUCUCAGUAAUUUUAGAAUCACCAGAAUUCUUUGUCACAAGACCCAAUGACUCAAAAACUUUUUUUCGUAUUCCUUUUCUUUUAAAGAACAGCUGUAAAUUCUCAAAGUGGCGUUCGCACCCCCAUGGGUGGCGUCUGGACAGGUGGACUUGUCAUUCUCGCCCUGUGCGUUCUAACGCCGUGGUUCUACUACAUCCCAAAGUCUGCUCUGGCCGCCGUCAUCAUAGCUGCGGUGCUGCCGAUGGUUGAAUACCACGUGGUCGUACAGCUAUGGCGGGCAAACAGUAGGUGGAAUUCUUAUUUUCAUCAAUUAAAAAUAAAUCACAUAUUACAAUAUGUAGUGAAACUUGAUAACUCUACCCCAGCCUCGGUCCCCAAAUACACCUUUUUUUUUUUUUUAAAGCUUUUUAACAUGUAUAUUAUCAUUUGUUUAUAAUAAAGGUUAUACAAAUAAUAUCUAAAACUUAUUUUAAAUUGUUAAUUUUUAUGUAUACGUGAUGAAAGUGAAUUUAAAAAAAGACUAGUUGAGACAAGACACCCACGUUGGCGGUAAGCGUGUAACAUAAUGGACGAGAUGCCUUCAUUAGGCUUGUAAGAUCUCAAUGAGCGUAGCAAUAAGAGCAAGAAAUGAAUAAGCUUAAGAACUCAAUACCUUAACCUAAAUCAAUGCAAGUCAGAGCUCAUAAUAUCAAACUAAAAAAAACGUAGAAACAGUGUAGCAACCACAAGCGCGACACACCACCCGAGGGUUGUCGAAACAGUGUAGCAACCACAAGCGCGACACACCACACGAGGGUUGUCGAAACAGUGUAGCAACCACAAGCACGACACACCACACGAGGGUUGUCGAAUGUGUUCUUUCGUGUGCAUUUGGUGCAUGAGAUAAUCAAGCGCAAGACGGGGGAAGCAGGGAAUUAAUGACGGGGUGCACCAGAAAGAUCCACAAGGGCAGGCCUGCACAACAUAUGGCCCGCGGGUCGCAUGUGGCCCGCCAGCAUCCACUUUGUGGCCCGCGAAGUAACGAAAUAUUCUUUAUUCUUAUUAUUUUCUUAACAGCUUUCCCCCUGACCUAUUUUCUUUUGGCCCGCACAAAUUUUUCAUAAUAUAUUACGGCCCGCCUUGCAUUUUGAGUUGUGCAGGCCUGCACUGGGUAUUUGUUAUGUUUGUAUAAUCAACGUGUUGCACCGCCUAUUGUUAGAAAUUAUAAAGAAUAAUUAUAUAACAAAAUCGCGUCUCUUUUCUACACGCAUAGCGCUUUGUUUCUAACAUUGAGAUCUUCUAGCACAUUUGUUUUGUUUGUUUUUAAAUUUAUUAUAAAUCUUUUUUUUUUUUUUUUCCUUUUUUUAUCUUGUCCGCUGAAGAACGCAUUAAGCCGAACCGGCCUUUGAAUUUGCCUACCUUGUCAUUUCAAGCCUAAAAAAAUCUUGUCCCGCUACAUCCUAGAGUUAUAACUAUGUUUCAUGCCGUGAACCCCUUUCGCCUUUCUCAAACAUUCUCUGAAGCAUAUAAAACUCGUGCCCGUGUUUUAUACCCAGGAUAGGACCUUCCCUGUAUCAUGUAUUAAUCUUCAUAAAAACAGAUACGCCAAGAAAAGCAUGAGGAUUGGCCGAGUCUAAAUUUUAUAAUUUUAUUUAAUGACGUAUUGUUACGGAUACACACAAAACAGUGACGUCCUAGGAGAGGACGGGAAUCCCCGAAAUGUUACAAUUUGUGUAGCUUUUUUAUAUGUGAACUUAUCAUUGAAACCUAAUGAGUUUGUCAAAGGAAAACCAAAAAGGUUUGCUCUACACCAUGAUUUGAUAUCACUAUUCCAAUUUUCAACUGAGCAGAUCAGUUGCAGCGUUGCAUAAUAUUUCUUUUUUUUUUUUUUUUUUUUUUGUUAUUUCAAAUGAACUUCCCAAAUUUGAUAAGCGUUUUUAAAAGUGUUUGUGUGGAUGGAUGGUUUGUGUAAAAGUGUUUGUGUGGAUGGAUGGUUUUUGUAAAAGUGUUUGUGUGGAUGGAUGGUUUGUGUAAAAGUGUUUGUGUGGAUGGAUGGUUCGGGAACAUAUCUACAGCAGCUGGGCAUCCUAGCAUGGAAAAUAAAUCAUUACUUAGAUCUGAGUGGAAGGAAGUGGCGAGGAAGGGCAAGGCCCUACAUCAGCUGUAGAGCCACAGGGAUGGAUAGAAGUGCCUGGUCUUGUUCAGGUAUGCCACAUGUGUGUUGCUUGGUAACCUUAUGUGAUUACUGUUAUGAACCUGACGGUUAAUCUUAUUUAUUUAUUUUUUUAUACGUGUCAGUGCACGACUUUGUGCUGGGUGUUAUGGUGUGAAUAUUGAUGUGUUUGUUGGUACGCUUGGUGGGAUGUGAUCCGGAAGAGCCAAUUAGCAUAUAUGAGUGAUGCGUCAGAAUCAAAAGGCCAUUUGACAGAAGUCUCAAAAAGCCAGAAUUCAACCCAAGUAUAAAGUGUGUUCUCAUUGCGUGGUGUUUGUGUGGGGCAUCAAUACAACGAUCGUGCUUCAACUAGUAAAAUAUGGAGCCGUUUAGAUAAUACUCAAGCUAUGGAACGUCAUUCAUUUCCCUUACAUUGUAAUUACAUUAUUAGAUCUAACUUUACGUGAAGUCGGAUCGCUUGAUUGUGACUCUUACGAAAACGACCUCUUCCCCCCCCCCCCACACACACACAUACACACAAAUUAAUGAACCUUUUAAGAAUAUUUAAAUGUUAGAGAAAUUACAAACUAGUUUUACUUUCCUCUGAUUAGAAUGGGACCUGAUUCCAUACUCAAUAACGUUCAUCUGUUCUCUGUUGGUGGGAAUCGAGGUAAGUGACAUGAAAUACACUGAACAUUUCAUUCUAAAAGUUUUGUUUCUGAUGACAAGUGCAUAGAAGUGCAAUGACUUUGUUUAGAAACGUUUGCUUAUAAAAUCUUUAAAAAGGCAUGGCAACUAGUGUGUUUUUAUAUAGAUCUAUACUUUGCUAAAUCGAUUUGCCCAUCUAUCUUCUUGUCUAUCUAACAAUAUUUUAAUAAUCAAACACGUUAUUUAACGACUAAAUAUGAGGGGGAAACAUUUUAUAUCGCGAAAAAAAAAAGUUCAUGAAUAAAUGUCAGUGUCAGUCAAUUUUCAUUUGUUUUAAUUUACAGUAUGGCAUUUUGAUUGGCAUUGGAUUAUCUUUGUUUAUGCUUCUCUACCCAACAGCAAGACCAAAAAUCAAGGUAAAAUGUAUAUCUCUGUCUGAAAUAUAGACCGGUAUAUAUCAUAUAUGUCCAAAGUGUCCUCGUUUUAUAGCCAUUUUAAUUGUUUCUAUAGUAUAGUAGUUACUAUCCUAAUGUCUCAUUUUUAUUUUAGUUAGUUUACAUGCAUGUUUUUAAUAAUUGUAAAGCGUUUAGAGCUUUAAGGUAAGCGCUAUAUAAAAAUGCCUAAAUAAAUAAAUAUAUGUAUGUAAAUAAAAUUCACCGAUACAAAAAGAAAACAGAGCUUAUUGGCCACUAAAGGCAUAUGGAGGUGAAGGAGGGCGCUACAGGAUAGAAUAAUCUUCCCACAAAAUUUCAUUGCUUUGAUCCACCUCCCCCGAAUGCAUCAAACUACUUCUUCUGUUUCAGCACUCAAUCAUGCGAGGCUGUCUGAUAGUCACACCUAUGCAAGGACUUAAUUUCCCUGCUGCAGAAUACUUAGAAAUCCAGACACUUGAGAAAGCGUCUGAAUGUGAGCCCAUUUAAUAAGAAAUUUUUGGAUACAGUUGAUAAGACAAAACUUCUCUAAUGUUUUAUCUAAAUUAAAUUAACUUCAUAUGAUUUAUAUAAGGUAGAGUCAUUUAUAAAGCAGCUGCCGUUAUUAUUCACUAUGUUAUUUUAAGGAUAAUACUUCAUUCAUUAUAUAUUACGAAGUUUCUUUUGUUCCUCACAGCAAAUCUCACUUCUCUGUACGCCUUUACAAAAAAAAAAAAAAUAUCUUCUUUAUUUUGAGGGCCCACGAUCAUUGUAUUGAUCUUUAUGCCUCUUAAGUAACUCAUUUUCAAAUAUUCUGAAAUUUUGAGUCCCAUUCUAUCAACUUAAUCUCUGAAUUUAUGUAUUUUAUUUUAAUAUUAUGAUUAUUGCUAUAUUUAUGUACAGCGCGGUGAGCCCAGCCCUAGGCUGGGGUACCGCGCUAUAUAAGACCACUUAUUAUUAUUAUUAUUAAUAUAGUUUUUAAUUUGUCUCUGUUAUUUAACCCAUAUUUUUUUUAAUUUCUCGUUGGCCUGAAGGUCAAUGUAUCACUGGUGCCCAUUAUAGCGCUCUCUAUGGUAAAUUAUUGCGUGGUGCUCUUUGUGUUGUGUUAGGUUUUGACCACCUUACAUUGUGUUCCAUUUCUUGCCCUGUUCCAGCCAACAAUGUCAAAACAAUAAUCCUCAACUUAGAGCACCUGACAGACCUUGACUACACAGCCAUUCACUCUUUGAAAACGUUGCUGCUUGACUCUGAGAAACAUGGAAUGAAGCUCAUUCUGGCCAACGGGCAGGUAAGAACAUAAAAUAGAUGGGUGUGUAGCAUUGAUAAAUACUGGUACUGGUACCGUAACGAGUAUGUUCCCGAUAGCGUUGUCCGGACCAACCAAGCGUGUAAACUUUCCUUACUCCUGAGAGAAACAGGAGACAAAGUCUUUAUUCGUUUUACACAAAAAAGGCUUGACUGGUGUCACAACUUAAUUAUCCAAUAAUUAAAAGAAGUGGUAGUUAUUUUUUUUUAAUAAUCAUAGGUAUGGGGGGGGGGGGGGGGGACGCUGUUUAUCACGAUACUAUGAAGUAGAUCUUUGUAAUCCCGUUAUUUCACCAGUUUCCUUUAAAUUCUGCAAAAUUUUUUUUUUUUUAUUAUUAUGAUGGGUGGGGGGGGGGGGGGGAGGACGCUGUUUAUCACGAUACUAUGAAGUAGAUCUUUGUAAUCCCGUUAUUUCACCAGUUUCCUUUAACAUCUGCAAAAGUAAAGAGAAUGAAUGUGUAUUUUGAUUCAAUUGUUAUCUUUACUACUUAUCACCUCUUUAAUUUUCAAAUUCAGCCAAAUGUCAAUAGGCAGAUCGAGGCAGCAGCUAUAAAAGAUCUGACUCUGAUGACCACAGUCCGGGAGGCAACUGAUACAUACAGUAUAAACGGUUGGUUUGGGAUGUUGCACAUUUGUCUUUGUUUGUCUUUUAUUUUUAUUUAUUUUUUUUAAAUUUUAACCUGUUGAAAAUGUGUUUGCAAAAUUUCUGUUAGUAACUAGCUACAACUUACAACCCGUCAAAACUGACAACCAUGCGAAGGGGGCAUAACCCUAGAAAACACACUGUUGAGCACAGUGAUCAGUUGAUCACAGUAAGUUGUAAGGGCCCAUGUCAGUAACUUGUCGCCACAUCAUUUAUUUUUAGAAAUAAAAAGUUAAUCUUACACGCAUUUUGAACACAAAUAUUGAAAAUUGUCAAGAUAAAAAGUACAAGGCAAGGCCCAUGAUUUUUUAUUUUUUUUUAGAUUUGUUUCGUUAGCCCUAACUCUAAUAAUUUGUGACAACACUUUUUCUUCCAUCAGAAGAAAAUCAUCCUGCUGUAUUGUCCGUAAAAACGACGAAAGGGGAACCACUCAUGAGAUGAUUUUUAUCCAGUGGAGAGACCCGCGCUUCUGCCCCCAUUUACACAAACAAUACACGACUUUGAUGGAGUCCCAUCGUAUCACGUACGCAGCACUAACAAGAACAGAAAAUAUUCAAAUUCAUAUUGUUCAUACAUUUUUUUUUUAAUUAAAAAAAAACAAAACAAUAAAACUUCAUUUUGGAAGCUUUUCAUUGACAUUAAAAUUGCUAUUUUUUGGUUAGCAUAACACUAAUAACAGUUAACAAUUAUUGUGCUUCGGCUCAACAUAUUGUU